AUGGCCAGAAAGGCCGAAUCCCCUGUCCGGCCGUCUAGCAACCCCAGGCCUGACAAGGCUGACAACCAGGCUGGCGGGUGUGAUUCAGCCAACAGUGAACUCAUUCCCGCUGGGCGAGUGCGCGUCCCUUGCGACUUGAGAUUGGACGUUCUUGGAUUCGAGUCAGGUGAUGUGUACUUCAACGGCCCACGCGAUAGACACCUCCUCCCAAUAGACUCUGGGCUUCGAGCCAGAGUAAGCGGUCUGGGCCAUGUCGCAUCCCGGGGCGCUCUACGGGCGGCGUAUCUUCGUUUCAUGGUUAGGCUGCCUGAGAGUGUCAUGGACACCGAAUACCUCAUUCUAUUUGACGAUUCUCCGCGCCCGGCGCUUCGAAACCGAAAGCCAUCCGUUGUUGACCAAUGCAUCAAUCUCUAUAUUCAACAGUCCUGGGCGGAACUUUUCUCGCUACUAAGCCUCCAUUGCGAACCACUCUUCCUGUCGACGUCAGUCGCUCCACCGCAGGAUCUGGAGUCCUACCUGAUGCUUUCACGUCUUUGCUUCCGGUUGAUCCCGCAGAAGACCGAUACGGUAACGUUCGAACCCUGCUCUGUCCCACCGACGUUGGCGCGUGAAGAGGUUGACUGGGAUGCAAUGGAAGAUGAGAUGCGGGAUACUCCCGUCUUCCAACUCUCGGAGGUCGAGCGGUUCCGUGACGUCGAGCGAGGUAAAGUCUACGAAGUCGAUAUCCAUGGGGCGAAAUUUGCCUACAAAAUGACCCAUGGGACCGAGUCCCUUCAGCGCGAGAUUUCCAUGCUACGGAAGAUGGAACAGUGCAACGAAGGAGGACGCUCGCUCCGAGUGCCCAGGCUGGAAGGAAUCAUCGGCAUCGGUACUCAGUAUGCCUGUAUACUGAUGACUUACAUACCGUCGCCUACUUCCCUGGCUUGCUUUAUGACGGCCAACAAUGACGGUGAGGUGAGCAUCGCCGAGCGUCAGAAGUGGUAUGAUCAAAUCGCUGACGCGGUGCAUACACUUCAUCGGCAUGGGCUCUUUUGGGGGGAUGUCAAAGCAGCGAAUGUUGUGAUUGACGGUGUCCAUCGCGACGCGUGGCUCGUGGACUUCGAAGGGGGGGCAACUGCAGGCUGGUGGAUUAUAGCAUAUCAGGAACGGAGGCUGGGGAUUUGCAAGGAUUGA